UUCAAAGAUGACACAUUAAGUUUGAAAUUGAUGUGAGACACUCCAUGAUGAGAUAAAAUAUCUUUUAUCUCAUUGUAUAUGAGAUAUUGAAUGGAAUCUCGAAAACGAUCAUUUAUGUACAUAUUGAAACUGAAUGAUUUUUCCAAUUUAAUGCAUGUGAAUAUUACUAUACCUAUUCAAAAACAAAUUAAAUCAGUGAAUGAAAUGAAUGAGAGGAUGGAACGUAUACGUCCACUCAUGAGUGAACUUUCGCAAUAAUAAAUAGAUGAGUUUUCCUGUUCCUGUGUGAGCUGAGAAUUAUACUUCAAUUCAAAUUAUAGCUGCCUUUUCGGACACUAUGGACAAAGCUCAGUCGACAUACAUUUGACAACAAUAAACUGGAAACUGCAAAAUGUCCUUCAUUAAGAAUGAAGGAAGGAAGAUUGAGAAUGAUGAUGAUAAAGAAGAUUACGAAGAUGUUAAUGUCAUUAACGCAAGACAAAGCAUUCACAACAUAAAGAACAGAUUACAUCUAACGAUUGACAUGGAAUUCGAUGACAUUGAAGACGAGAGGCAAUGGGUUCUGUCACAUCUGAAGAAAAUCUUCAAAUCGAAAGAUCUGCGAAAUCUAUUCGAGAUGUACAUACAGAGGCUUCAUCAAGCGUUCUUCGCCCUUCUGAUGUUGAUUCAAAUGGCGAUUUUCAGUGCGCAUUUUCUAUUGAUCAUGUUCACCUCACGUGAUACAUCUUCGAAUGUUUUAGAAUUGGUGGUUUACGGAUUCAUGAUGUGUUUUUCAGUGAAAAUGUUCUUUGUUACGGACGGUUGCGGAUAUGUGACACUAAGAAAGAGGACGUUGAAAAUAAUCACUAUAGUACUAUUCGUUAUACUCAAUGCAGUGAAUGUGGUAGUGCCUCUCUAUUAUUUCAUGAGCGAUUUAAAUGCGCAACUCAGACCGGCCUAUACAACUCAUAUUGUGAUCAGUUGUUACGUGUUCCUUUUCAUUUCGAAUCUUGCCUUCACCGUUGUCUUGGGAUUAUUGACGACCGUUAUACACAUCUUGAUAUUGGUUUUCAUAACCUACUAUGGCCUAAGUUCACCUACAUUAAUGGCGAGGAUCUUAUCAGAUGUGAUUUACUUGCUUUGUAUCAAUGGACUUGGCAUUUACUAUCGCUACCUGAACGAGAUUAUCAAACGAAAAAGUUUUUUGGACAGAAGAGCCUUGGUGAUAUUCAACAGACAUCUAAAGUUUCAAAAAGAACAAGAAGAGCUGCUCAUGGAAACCUUGAUACCCAGUUAUGUGAUAGAAAAGGUCAGAAACAACAUUUUUCACUAUUGGGACAGACUGGAAAAUCUCAAAUCGAAUGUUACCCCAUUCGAGUACAAGACGUCGUUCACCCAAACUUUCGAGAAUGUAACUAUACUCUUCGCCGACGUGGUGAAUUAUACAGAGUUGACGGUCAAACUGAACCCCACCGAACUCUUGGAAACUCUGAACGAUUUGUUUGGUAGCUUCGACGAUGUAUCAGGGAAGCUCGGAGUUCUCAGGAUCAAAUUUUUGGGAGAUUGCUAUUAUUGCGUGGCUGGUUUACCGCCGCACCCCCCUGAAAAUCAUGCAGAAGCUUGUGUGGAUCUGGGCCUGGAAAUGAUCAGGAUAAUAAACGAGGUGCGGGCUAAAAGAAGGAUAAACAUCAAUAUGCGAAUAGGAAUACAUACAGGUAAAAUUAUCAGCGGAAUUAUUGGCUACCAAAAAAUCCACUUCGAUAUCUGGUCUAAGGAUGUAAGCUUGGCCAAUCAAAUGGAAACUGAAGGAGAAGCUGGCAAAAUACACCUGACUCAACAGACAAAGGAUUUACUCAAGAAACGUUAUAGCAUUGAACCUACUGACAAAGGAGAAACUCUUUCGACAUUCAAACAUUUAGGUAUAAAAACUUAUCUGAUAUCCCCAGAGGAUCAAAAAAGUUCUCUGGAAAAGAAAAUAGAAAAUAUGUACAUCAAAAAGCGAACCAGUAAUAAAGCAAAUAAGAGGAUAAGCAACUCUAAAGCAUCUAGUAAAAUAAACACGAAUUUGAAUAAUAACAAUAAUAAAAAUAACGAGAAUUUCGAAGAAGUCGUAACAAAAGGUAAAUUUAUACAAUAUUACAAUAUCAUUGAAGAAAGUUAUUUAGAGGAUGAAGCACAAAGUGAUGCUGAAACCGAUUCUUCGCCUAGAAGAACAGCUGAAACUAUUGUGAAUCGAAACAGCGAUAAGAGCGAAUAUAGGGAUUCCCAAAGAAGAACAGCUUUUAUGAAUGGUAACAUAAAAAGAUAUCAAGAAAUAAUGAAAGACACAUACAAUGAAAUGAAGCAAGCCAUUGAUACCUUGUGUUUAACGAAAUACCAGCAAUGGUUCAAGUGCAAAGAAAUAAAUCCUGUCACUUUACUAUUCACCAAAACAGAACACGAAUGCGGGUUCAUCAAAAUGCAGGACCCGCUAUUCAAAUAUUAUUUAUUAAGCGGAAUGAUCCUUGUGAUAUUUCUCUUCAUCAUUCAAAACUUGACUCUUUCUGUGUGGAACUGGGAAUCUUGGUGGAUUUACGCCACAAUUGCAUUGAUCUCACUGGUUUUCCUUCCCUCGAUGUGGAUGCAUCAUUUAUUCAAACGCAGUUCAAAUAAGUUUCUGAAAAAAUGUGCAGAUAUAUCUAAGACUUUGGUGAGCUCAGUUUGGACCAGACUUACCAUAUAUAGUAUCGUUUGUUUUAUGUUUACUCUGUGUGUAUUUUCCGAGUUAAUCAAUUGCCAGUACAGACAUGAAGCAUAUAAAAAGAACGGUGUUCUAGAGACAACGAACAUGAAGUCUAAGAGUUUUCUCAAUAUCAUGGUUGAUGAUGAUAUCGAUUAUGGGAUAUGCAUAGUACCUUGGCAUAUGACGCAAACGUGCGCACUUGCUGUAAUCACUAGUUUUCUAUUUCUUCGUAUGUUCAUGUGGGUUAAAUUCGCAUAUGCACUGAUUAUCGCGUCUUUGUACUCGUGCUGCGUUUGGUACUAUUCUGACGAUAUUCUGAAGGAGAACAGUGAAACGUACAAUUACAAUGUCGCCCCAAAAAUCUCGCACAUUGCUAGUGUGAUUUCCUUAACGUUUACCCUACACAUAAUAGACAGACAAACAGAAUAUAUGAACAGGUUAGAUUUUCUGUGGAACGAGAAGUUGAAGGAGGAACAGUCGAAGACACAGUCGCGUUACAUUAUCAACAAGAUGUUACUCAACAACGUUUUGCCGGAACAUUUGGCAACCAUGUAUUUGAAUAUCGAGAAACCCCCUGCAGCUCUCUACUACGAAGAAUAUGCCAAUGCUGCUGUAAUGUUCGCUUCUGUUAUUGGAUAUCAGAUCGAAGAUAUUGGAGAUGAUAUAUUGCUGACGAUCAUGACAGAAAUCAUCGGAGAUUUUGAUAAGCUCAUAUUGAAAAAUGGAUUCGGACAUCCCAUCGAAAAGAUAAAGGUGGCGAAGUGGACUUAUAUGGCAGCAUGCGGUAUAUCGCCAGGAUAUGGAGAUGUAGAUUGUGCAGAUCCAUCGAUACAAGUGGAGUCGUUACUUAAAUUCGCUUCCGCGAUGAUCAGUCAACUGAACAAACUCAACAGACAACAUUUUCAGGAUAUGAAAUUGAGAGUGGGAAUUUCUAAUGGAGCGAUCGUGGCUGGAGUUGUGGGUUCUAAAAAACCACUAUACGAUAUCUGGGGAGAUCCGGUUAAUAUGGCAUCCAGGAUGGAUACCACUGGAGAACCGAAUAAAAUUCACGUAUUAGAACGUACAGCCCAUAUUAUUCAGAGCAGAGGCUAUAAGUGUACAUUGAGAGGAAAUACCAAAGUAAAAGGGUUGAAGAGUCCAGUUCCGACAUAUUUUGUUGAUUUGGAUCACAAUUUCGAUUUGAUAAAACACGAACCGAAUUAAUGAUAUUGUUGGCGAAAUCAUCUGGAGGAAAAGUGUAUAAGAUAAAAUACAUGCAUGUAUUUUCAUUGAACACGAAUUAGGUAGUACUCGAUAAUUUGAGCAAGCCUUUUCUGAAAUAGUUCACCAUAUCUGGAAUCAAAACCAACUUGAAAAAAUAAAAAAUCUAAUUGGUAUCUAAUUACUAAAACAACACAACUUGAUAAUCAGUUGUAGUCAUCGUGAACGGCAUUCUCGAGUAUAUUUAUUUCCAAUGGAGGUCAUCUCGAAAUUAUUGGAUAUAAUAUCAAGCCUAUAUAUUGACAU